AUGGAGCUCUCCUCAGCCCUUCUCCACAAAGGGCAGCUACCCUGGAGGGAACUCCUGCUGACAGCCUCACUUUUGAUCUACUGGAGCUCUCCCACCACAGCCCAAGUCACUGUGGAAGCAGUUCCGCCCCACGUUGCUGAAGGGGCAAAUGUUCUUCUACUUGUCCACAAUCUGCCAGAGUCACUCCGAGUCUUUUUCUGGUACAAGGGACAAACUGUGGAUGAGAGGAAAGAAAUUGCACGAUUUCUAAUGUCCAAUAAUAUAAAGAAACCAGGGCCUGCAUGUAGCGGCAGAGAGAGAAUAUACCGCAAUGGGUCCCUGUUCUUCCAGAACGUCACUCGGAAAGAUGCAGGCACCUACAUGCUAUAUAUGAAAAAGAAAAACUUUGAUAUAAGGAAAGCAUUCGUGCAGCUCCAUGUCUACCCACGGCUACCCAAGCCGAAAAUCACAAGCAAGAAUUUCUAUGCCAGGGAGGGGUCUCCAGAAGCAUUAAUGUGUGAGCCUGAGACUGAGAAUACAAACUACCUGUGGAGGAGAAAUGGCCAAAUCCUCUCAGAAGGUGACAGGCUGAAGCUGUCUGAGGACAACAGGACUCUCACUUUACUCAGUGUUGUGAGGAAUGACACAGGAGAUUAUGAGUGUGAAACCCGGAACCCAGUGAGCAUCUCCCGAAGUGACCCAUUCACUCUGAACAUUACCUAUGGUCCAGAUGUACCGAUCAUAUCCCCCUCAAAUACGUACUUCCGUUCAAGGACAAACCUCAACCUCUCCUGUCAAGCAGCCUCUAGCCCUGCAAUGUUCUAUUGGUAUUUCAAUGGAAAGAUUCUAUCAAAAGUCAAAGAGCUCUUUAUCCUCAACAUCACUACUAAUAACAGCGGUUCCUAUUCCUGUCUCAUCUAUAACUAUGUCUUUGGAAUCAUGAAGACCACAGUCAAGAACAUUACAGUCCUUGAGCCAGUGACUACACCCUCCAUCCAAGUCAGCAACACCACAGUCAAAGAACUGGGCUCUGUGUUCCUGACCUGCUUCUCACGGGACACUGGGAUCUCCAUCCAUUGGCUCUUCAAUGGUCAGAGUCUGGAGCUCACAGAUAGAAUGAAGCUGUCCCUGAACAACAGCACCCUUAGCAUAGACCCUGUCAGGAAGGAGGAUUCCGGGAAGUAUCAAUGUGAUGUCUCCAAUCCAGUCAGUUCUGAGAGGAGUGACCCUAUCCAACUGGACAUAAUAGAGCCAGUGACUACACCCUCCAUCCAAGUCAGCAACACCACAGUCAAAGAACUGGACUCUGUGUCCCUGACCUGCUCUUCAAACGACACUGGGAUCUCCAUCCAUUGGCUCUUCAAUGGCCAGAGUCUGGAGCUCACAGAUAGAAUGAAGCUGUCCCUGGACAACAGCACCCUCAGCAUAGACCCUGUCAAGAGAGAGGAUUCCGGGAAGUAUCAGUGUGAGGUCUCCAAUCCAGUCAGUUCUGAGAGGAGUGACCCCACCCAGCUGGACAUAAUAGAGCCAGUGACUACACCCUCCAUCCAAGUCACCAACACCACAGUCAAAGAACUGGACUCUGUGUCCCUGACCUGCUCCUCAAACGACACUGGGAUCUCCAUCCAUUGGCUCUUCAAUGGUCAGAGUCUGGAGCUCACAGACAGAAUGAAGCUGUCCCUGGACAACAGCACCCUCAGCAUAGAUCCUGUCAAGAGGGAGGAUUCCGGGGAGUAUCAGUGUGAGGUCUCCAAUCCAGUCAGUUCUAAGAGGAGUGACUCCAUCCAGCUGGACAUAAUAGCCUCUCCCAGCACUGCCCAAGUCUCUGUAGAAGUAGUUAUAUCUCACGUCGCUGAAGUGAAGGACAUUCUUCUGCGUGUCCAUAAUCUGCCAGAUACAGCCCAAGCCUUUUUCUGGUACAAGGGAAAAAAAUUGGAUAAGAGAAAUGAAAUUGCACGAUUUCUAGAAUCCAAAAGAACAAAUAAAACAAGGCCUGCUUACAGAUUCAGAGAAAAAAUACACCACAUUGGAUCCUUGCUCUUCCAGAUCGUCACUCAGAAAGAUGCAGAAGACUACAUGUUACGUAUGAAAAUGGAAAACCUUGACCUCAGGAAGGCAUCCAUGCACGUCCAUGUGCACCCUAAGUAGUUCUCUGUAAUCUCUGGUGGAGGAAGCCGUGCUGUCACCCCUGGGAAUGGCACAUACAUGGUUUGCAAUUGGAGCUCUUUAGAAGGCAAAGCACUUUGAAGAAUCCCACCCAUUUGUCAAGGACCUACGGAAACGAUACUGCAGACCUCUGUGCUGAUCCCAGGGCUGCAUGGGCUUCAGGCCCCUCUA